CGGGUGGCGCUCGCCACUCGGGCGGUGGCGCGGGCGCCCGGGGCCGGCACUGAGGGGACCCGGAGGCGCGGUCCCGGAGCUGGGCGGACGGCUGGGCUGGGGCUGGGGCAGCGACCACGCGGGGCCGCCGUGGUGCCUUGGACUCGUGCGGCGGCUGCGGGGCGCGCGGCCCUUCGCCAUGUACACCUUCGUGGUGCGCGACGAGAAUAGCAGCGUCUACGCCGAGGUCUCCCGGCUGCUGCUGGCCACCGGCCACUGGAAGAGGCUGCGGCGGGACAACCCCAGGUUCAACUUGAUGCUGGGCGAGAGGAACCGGCUGCCCUUCGGGAGACUGGGUCACGAGCCUGGGCUGGCACAGCUGGUGAAUUACUACAGGGGGGCGGACAAACUGUGCCGGAAAGCUUCCUUGGUGAAGCUAGUCAAGACCAGUCCAGAGCUGUCUGAAUCCUGCACCUGGUUCCAGUCCUAUGUGAUUUAUCCAACUAACCUCAAGACGCCCGUCGCUCCAGCGCAGAAUGGCAUCCAGCUUCCGGUCACUAACUCCAGGACGGAUGAGAGGGAAUUCUUCCUGGCUUCUUAUAACAAAAAGAAAGAGGACGGGGAGGGUAACGUUUGGAUUGCAAAGUCGUCCGCUGGUGCCAAAGGUGAAGGCAUCCUCAUCUCCUCAGAGGCGUCGGAGCUUCUGGAUUUCAUAGACAACCAGGGUCAAGUGCACGUGAUCCAGAAAUACCUCGAGCACCCUCUGCUCCUUGAGCCCGGCCACCGCAAGUUUGACAUCCGAAGCUGGGUCCUGGUUGACCACCAGUAUAACAUCUACCUCUAUAGAGAGGGUGUGCUCCGAACAGCUUCAGAACCGUAUCAUGUUGAUAAUUUCCAAGACAAGACCUCCCAUUUGACCAAUCACUGCAUUCAGAAAGAGUACUCAAAGAACUAUGGGAAAUACGAAGAAGGGAAUGAAAUGUUCUUCGAGGAGUUCAAUCAGUACCUAAGCAGCGCUCUGAAUAUUACCUUAGAAAGCAGCAUUUUGCUGCAGAUCAAACACAUAAUAAGGAGCUGCCUCAUGAGUGUGGAGCCGGCCAUCAGCACCAGACACCUCCCUUACCAGAGCUUUCAGCUCUUCGGCUUCGACUUCAUGGUGGACGAGGAGCUGAAGGUCUGGCUCAUCGAAGUCAACGGUGCCCCUGCGUGCGCUCAGAAGCUCUAUGCAGAACUGUGCCAGGGAAUCGUGGACAUAGCCAUAUCCAGUGUCUUCCCACCCCCGGACACGGAGCAGGUGCCGCAGCCGGCUGCGUUCAUCAAGCUGUGACCCGGGAGCUACAGAGCCGCCUUGGGAAGUGUGUGGCAUCCGGAGGAGCGUGAGGUGACUGGACUGCUCCUUAUCGAGGCAUGCUGGGGACAGAUGUGCAGGAAGAGUGUGUGACGAGAAGGCUGCGGGAGAGCAGGGUGGCGCUGCCUUCAGUGCUGUGGAGACCCAGGAAACUGAAGCAAGUCGCUGAGAGGGAGACCCGAACACUUCCGGGCACCGGGGAUUUGGUUGUGGUGUGAGCCCAUCCCUUGAGCAGUGUCUGGCCUUGGGUGGCACAGGGAGCAGAGCCCCCUCCUCCCCAGGAUGCAGCCCAGAGACCUCUGAGUGGCGGUCCUCUCACCUGCUGCAGCGUUAGUGCCUUAGCUCUGGGUCCAGUGCAGCCUCGCUGGACCCAGACUGGACCGGAGAGCAUUUUGGAGGUGGCCACAUGUUCCCUGCACAUCCCCUCUGUGACACUGUGUCCCACGAAACCCCGGACAAGCAUGCAGCACAGUUCGUGCUGGGUACUGGCCUGUCAUGAAGGCCUCUUGCUUGUCACCUUCCUGGUGGCCUAUAAGUGGGCACUUGCCAGGGGUCCUGUGGGCACCAAACCCUGUAUUUUGCUCACUGCAUGUUUUAGAAACAAAAGCACCAGGCCUGAUGAAUCUGCAAGCAUCAAAUAAGCAUGAGAGAGAAAGAGAGAAAAAAGAAAACAUGAUAUCUUACUUUACUUAACGGUGUGGGUGGGUGAGGGUCUCUGAAAUACCACAAGCCUCAUUAUCUUUGAUUUUAAUCAGAAUUCUGAAUGCAGUUUUGCGAUUUUCCUUCCCUUUACCCCUCUGCCCACCUCUGAACCUUUGUAACAAUCCUCUCUGGGAGUCAGGGAAGGUAGAACUCCAUUCCUCAUCCUCAUCCUCACCUCAUAGCUCUGCCUACAACUGUCCUCGUUGGCUCCAAGGGCCUGGAGGGACAGGUUCCAUUCCAGAAAGGGCCCUGAAUAAGGGUGUGUCCUGCUUGAGUGAGAAAGAAGUAUUUUUGGAGCUUUGCACAGCUUCCUGUGUCAACAAAAGUGUACGACCUCUGGUUUCCAUGUCAGGGGUCCAUUCGCAUUCAGAGGCUUCUGGGGAGCCCACUCCGGAAGCAGUGGGAAGCUGUCAUGUGUGUUCAGUAUUAGCUGAGUCAACAGGCUCUUCUUCUGAAGAGGGUCCUGGAAACCAAGGUAGCCACAGGGAAUGCGGCCCUUCUGCCCGGAGCACAGUGUGGCUUUUUCUGGUGUAUGUAUUGCUUCUUCAUGUGCAUCUACUUGAUGUGGUCUGCAGUCAAAUGGGACUUUUACGAAAGAGCUAGAGAAUGAAAGGUGGGAACUUACGUGAGGAAAGGAGUGAUGAGGUUAUUUAUUCCAUGUGUCCGUGGGUAGCAGAAUGCAUUGUACUGAAGUGAAGAAAGUCCCAGCUCACGGGAAUCCAGAGUUAGGGGGUAAGGGUGUCAUGGUUGCCUAGAAUAUGGGUCACAAAGUUGGCUCCCAGAGCAAAGUACAACAUUCGAUCUGAAGUCAGUCCUUGAGGCCCAGCACAGCUGAUAGGUCAGCGCUGAGGAACUUCUGAGAAAGCAGAGGAUUGGACACGUUGGGGAAGAUGCACACUCACUGAGAAAGUGGAGGGUGCUGGGUCCUUGGCUAGUCUAGGUGGGCCAGUAGUGGAGAAAGCAAGGUGGUCAGUGUAUGUUCUUAGAUCCAAGUCAUGGAGCUCUUCAAAACUGUGCGGCUGUUAAGGUGGAAGAGUUGCCAAAGCAGAUGUCAGUGGGUCUUUAUGAAUCCUGACAGGUUUUGUAAUAAACGUGAACGAAUCCAUAACAUCUGUAUAAGGGGAAAUGGGAAGGGUUGAGUUCAUUCCUCACAUAGCUCCAGCCAUUUUAUGCAUUUACUUCCCACCAAGAAAGAAGGGUGGCUCUGACGGAACUGCCUCACGUCGUUCCAUGGUGUCGCUGGCGCAGAUGGCCAUGCCUGGCUUCCCAUGUGUCGUUGGUGUAAGUGCUGCCCAUUGCUGGGGGAGGGGGUUAUUUAUUUGGAGAUAUUGAUUCCACUCCUGGCUCUGUCAUUGACUGCACAAUGUCACAGGAGCCAAAUAACCUCUGUGCCUUAGCUUCUUAUCUCAUGGAGGAGAUGUUCCCUGACCCAGGGACUACCUCAGGGGCUUUUUGUGAGAACGAAAGAGCAGGAGGAAGACUCCAAGGCCUUUAGUCCCAAGGUUCUCAGUGCUGACCACAUGCUUUAAUUUCCCAUGAAGUUAAAAAGAACUUGAUGACCCUUCCCACCUGCAGCCGAUUGAAUCCGAACCUCAGGUAACAAUAUGUCUUGAGGUGCCUUGAACUGUUACUUCGGGAAGCAGGACAAACACAUCAUUACCUUGGAAGAAUCACUUUAAGGAUUAAGGCUCAAAAAAAAACAAAAAACAAAAAACUUUGAAACAAGCAAUUCUGUAAGAACAAUCAGAUAUUGACAUAUAUAUUUGUGGUAUAAGUAUUGGCCAAGCAAUUUCUCAGUUUGCUUCUCAUCCAAGCAUCUGGAAAAAUCAAACAUGCUUUCAUUUACAUAAGCAGUUUAUUAAGUCCUCGGUAGCAAAUGUAAACAGAUAAGAAUCUAUAAAUCUAAUAUAUAUCAGAGUUAUUCAUUACUUAUGGGAGAAAAGCCCCUCCCCUCACACUUGACUUCAAUGGCAAUGAUAAAGUCCAUUUUGCCAAGAAUAUUGAAGUGCCUCUGUGUUGUGAGCUAGAGAAGAGCAGGAGCUGGCAUGCACGCUAGCUGACAGCGUGCUUCCAUAGCUCUUUGGGAUGACACGCUCAUGCACGGAACAUUGGGGAGCACUGGAAAUGGGCUGUGAGCCACAGAACCACCAGUGUCAACGAUGCUAGAAAGUGUUCUUGUGAGCAGUUGUGGCUGUGUUCAUGGGUGUAGCAGAGAGGGGAUCCAUGAACCAAAAUGACAAGGUGCCAAAGUAGGUUGCAUGUGGCAUGUGGGUACUGUCUUGAGGAUUCGGUGGUUGAUGUAUGUGCCUCCAAUCCUGGACACAGAACCUGCACCUAAGUGGAAAUGGAUUUCUGAAAUAAGGCAACUAUAUGAAUGUUUUAAAUGCCUGGAGCAUUAAAGUAAAGUAAAGAUA